GACAGUGCUGUGGAGGGGGUGGGGGGUGGAGGCAGCAGAGCGGGUGCGGGUGUGAAUGUGUCCGAAGGUGUUUUUAUCAUUAAUGUGUUCUGUGGUGCUGAUGCUGAGGAUGCAGAGGAGGAUGCUGAGGAUGCUGCUGAUAUUGAGAAUGCUGUGGAUGAUGAUGAGGAUGCUGAUGAUGAUACUGAGGAUGAUGCUGAGGAUGCUAUGGAUGAUGCUGAGGAUGCAGUGGAUGAUGAUAAGGAUGAUGGUGAGGAUGCUGUAGAUGAUACUGAGGAUGAUGAUGAGGAUGAUGAUGAGGAUGCUGUGGAUGAUGCUGAGGAUGAUGAUGAGGAUGAUGAUGAGGAUGCUGUGGAUGAUGCUGAGGAUGAUGAUGAGGAUGCUGAUGAGGAUGCUGUGGAUGAUGCUGAGGAUGAUGAUGAGGAUGAUGAUGAGGAUGCUGGGGAUGAUGCUGAGGAUGCUGAUGAUGCUGUGGAUGAUGCUGAGGAUGAUGAUGAGGAUGAUGAUGAGGAUGCUGUGGAUGAUGCUGAGGAUGAUGAUGAGGAUGAUGAUGAGGAUGCUGUGGAUGAUGAUGAGGAUGAUGCUGAGGAUGCUGUGGAUGAUGCUGAGGAUGCUGAUGAUGCUGAGGAUGCUGUGGAUGAUGAUGAGGAUGCUGAAGAAGAUGUUGUGGAUGGUGUGUGGAUGCUGAUGCUGAAGAUGCUAAGGAUGCUGAUGAUUGUGUGGAUGCUGAUGGUGAAGAUGCUGAGGAUGCUGAUGAUUGAUAAGGAUGCUGUGAAUGCAGAGGAUGCUGUGGAUGAUGCUGAUGAUGAUGAGGAUGCUGAGGAUGAUGCUCAAAAUGAUGCCGAGGAUGAUGCUGAAGGUGCUGUGGAUGCUGAAAAUGCUAAGAAUGAUGAGGAUGAUGCUGAGGACGCAGAUGAUGCUGAUAAUGAUGCUGUGGAUGCUGUGGAUGAUAAUGAUGUGGGUGAUGCUGAGGAUUGUGUGGAUGCUGACGAUACUGGUUGCUGUGGGUGAUUUUGAGGACACUAAUGAUAAUGGUGAUGAUACUGAAGAUAAUGCAGAGGAUGCUAAUGAUAACGUAUGUGUGGAUGCUGAUGAUGCUGAGGAUUAUGUGGAUGCUGAUGCUGUUGUAUUGGGCUGAACCUAAGAGAAGAGGAGUUCCACUCUUUUGCAGUGAACUCUGCCCACCACCAGGGGCAGUACAGUAUUAUUAUAAUAACUUAAAAUACACUGUUGGGAAUAUGCAGUACUUAUUAAAUAUUAAAUAUUAGUCAUAUGUAGUGGAAAGGCCUGUAAAGUGAAAUUAUGUAACAUAAGAGUAUAUAAUUUAAUUGGAUGUAGUAUAAAUAUUUAUAUUCAUAUACUAUAUGAUGUAUACUAUAAAGAAUAAGCAGCCUUCUACAGCAAAAAGUAAUAUAUUAAACAGCUAUCAUCUGAUGUAUUUGUGAGUUCAGUAAAAGACAAAAAGAUAAGAUUUCAUUGUCUGUGUUAAAUUGACAAAUACAGAGAUUAAUAAUGAUUAGUUUUAUAUGUUCAAUAGGAGAUUCUGAUGUAACUACUAGAAGUAAUUUUUCAUAUUAAGAACAAUGCAAACAAACAACUCAUCAUUGUCACACAAGCAAAAUUGUAUCUCCAUUUUUUUUCUUUUUUUAAACAUUUUUAUAUAUUUCACUAUAAAAGACAAAAAAAAGUUAAAUGCUGCUCAAAAUGACUUUAAAGAAUAAUUCUAAAUAUUCCUAAUAAUUACAUCUGUUUUUGCACUUUAAAAGGGUGUAAUUGCAUAAUUUUGGUAUUAUAUAAUCAUACAUUUAAAAAAUGUCUUAAAAUCUUAAAAUGACAAUGAUAUAAUUUAUUCUUGUAAUUUGUGCGACAAUAUAUCGUCCAAAAAAAAUUGGCUCAUUACCUCAUUCCCAGUAGAUCUGUCACAAAAACAGUGUUUUAGGUUUAUUUAUGUUUUAUUUUAAAAACAUAUUUGCUGUUAGACGACAUGAUGAUAAAGAUAAAGCUCUGGAUAAAAAUAAGAGAGCACUUAAAAAUGAUGAGUUUCUUUGAUUUUACCAAAUUAAAAACCUCUAUAAUAUAAUCAAGAGGAAGAUGGAUGAUCACAAGCCAUCAAACCAAAAGCAGUGUGUAAGACUGGUGGAGGAGAACAUGAUGCCAAGAUGCAUUAAAAAAACUGUGAUUAAAAACCAACCAGGGUUAUUCCACCAAAUAUUGAUUAUUUCUGAACUCUUAAAACUUUAUGAAUAUGAACUUGUUUUCUUUGCAUUAUUUGAGGUCUGAAAGCUCUGCAUCUAUUUUUGUUAUUUUCUCAUUUUCUGUAAAUAAAUGCACUAAUUGACAAUAUAAUAGCAAAAUCAGAGAAACUGAUUCAGAAUCUGAAGUGCUUCCUUCAUUUUUUCCCAGAGCUGUAUACUAGAAAAUUAAGAAAUAUAUUAGUGUGGCCUAAUUCUAAUAUUAAUAUUUACAGAUAUAGAGAUACAAGGUUUUUGUGUGACAGUGAUCACGUACGAUGCAAAAGUGUAUACGCUUGUGUGGUGAAGUCUGAUUGUGCACCUGUUAUAUAACACCAUAUACCUCGAUAUCACUGCUUCAGAUCAUGCUGAUUUUAAUCAGGGCAGUGUAGAGCCAUCACUCGGUACAGGAAUCUUUUUAUAUUGAUCAUUGAUUAUUGAUUUUAUAUCAGCAUUGAUUGUUUUUUUUUUAUUCAGCUAUUACUCUGUACCAGCACUACUGAAUCCUCAGACAGACCUGUAUGUAUAUUUACACACAUAUGUAUAUAUAUAUAUAUAUAAAUAUAUACACAUAUAUAUAUAUAUAUAUAUAAACACAUAUAUAUAAACACAUAUAUGUAUAUAUAUAUAUAUACAUAUAUAUAUAUACACACACACACACAUA